GUCUGUCGCCGCAGGAUGGGUGCUCAUGAUAACCAUGCGGCUUAUAACUUAAAAUAGAAUAAAUUAACCACAGCGUGCCCAAUUGAAAUAUUAGGAUCUGUCUCUUCUGACUUCUGAGGGGCCGGCUGUGGUGCAGCUGAGCACCUCUGAGCAAAGAUGGCAGCUGGACCUAUAUCAGAGAGGAACCAGGAUGCCACCAUCUACUGCGGCGGCCUGGACGAGAAGGUGAACGAGUCGAUCCUGUGGGAGCUGUUCGUCCAGGCCGGCCCGGUCGUGAACGUGCACAUGCCCAAGGACCGGGUCACCAUGAACCACCAGGGCUACGGCUUUGUCGAGUUCAUGGGUGAGGACGACGCCGACUACGCCAUCAAAGUGAUGAACAUGAUCAAACUCUACGGGAAGCCGAUACGAGUGAACAAGGCGUCAGCGCACCAGAAGAACCUGGACGUGGGGGCCAACAUCUUCAUCGGCAACCUGGACCCGGAGGUGGACGAAAAACUGCUCUACGACACAUUCUCCGCCUUCGGAGUCAUCCUGCAGACGCCCAAGAUCAUGCGCGACCCGGAGACGGGAAACAGCAAGGGUUUCGCCUUCAUCAACUACGCCAGUUUCGACGCGUCGGACGCCGCCAUCGACGCGAUGAACGGCCAGUACCUGUGCAACCGGGCCAUCUCCAUCUCGUACGCCUUCAAAAAGGACGCCAAGGGAGAGCGGCACGGCUCGGCCGCCGAGCGGCUGCUGGCCGCCCAGAACCCGCUCUCACAGGCUGACCGGCCGCACCAGCUGUUCGCCGACGCGCCGCCGCCGCCGUCGGGCACGGCGCUGCCGCCGCCGCCGGCGCCGCCUCCGCCGCUGCCGAGCGCGCCGCCGCCGCCGGUGGGCCAGCCGCCGCCGCUGCCGGCGUUCAGCGGCCCGCCGCCGCUGCCGCCGCCGGGCCCGCUGCCCGGACAGCCGCCGCUGCCCAGCCAGCCGCCGCCG